UUAGCAUAAACUUUAGCUUUAUGUGUGUUUAUUUUAUUCAGUCGUGAGUUGUUGGGAAGCUCAGUGUUUUUCCAGCAUCCUGUGUUUGUGAGGUUGUAGCUGAAUGUUCUGUUCGGUUCUGACCCGGAGGGAGGGGAGCUGCUGGACAAGUCCGGGCAAAUCUUGGUCCGUGUGUUGACAACAUGUUCUGACUGUUCAGACCCACAAAACCGCUGCUGCCCAGACUUAUCUUCUACUGGACCGACCGAACGGUACCAGGAUGGGCUGCUGAGACCACCGGCUUGUAAAUAAAGGAACAAACGGCUUCAACAUGUCGGCUGACGAGGAGAUGAACACAAACACAACAAAUGAAGUUAAACUGGUCAGACCCAAGGUGGAGCUGCACUCUCUGCUUCAACACGCCGGAGCCACCAAAGAUGUCUUCACCAUGAAGGAGGUGAUGUUCUACCUGGGUCAGUACAUCAUCCAGAAGCAGCUGUACGACCAGAAGCAGCAGCACAUGGUGCACUGCGCUCAGGACGCUCUGGGCCGAGUCCUGGGCGUCGACAGCUUCUCGGUCAAAGAGCCGCGACGUCUGUUUGCCAUGGUCACAAAGAACCUGGUGUGUGUGAGGAACCAGGAUCCUGCAGUGAGCUCAGGUGAAGGACAGAGUCAGGUGGACAGGAGGACAGAGGCCUCAGGGAUGGCGACUCRCUCCUCGACUCCAGACAGGAGGAGGAGACGGAGGAGGAGCAGCAGGAGCAACGACCCAGGUCCCUCGCGCAGCGUAGACGGCGAAGAUGAGGAUGAACCUGAGGAAGACGACAGGAAGAGGAAGAGGUCGGACAGCUACUCGCUGACGUUUGACGACAGCCUGUCGUGGUGCGUGAUUGGUGGACUGGGGAGUGGGCGGGACCGAACAAGCAGUCAUUCAUCUGACUCUCACAGCACAUCGGAGAGGUCAGAGGUCGCUGCAGCUGCUUCAGACUCUGACAGCGAUAACUUCAGCGUGGAGUUUGAGGUGGAAUCCAUCGACUCUGAGGACUACAACGAAGACGAUGCUUCUUUGUCUGCAGACGACCAGGUGUAUGAGGUCACCAUCUUUGAGGACGAUGACGACGACGAGGACGACACAGAAAUCACAGCAGCUGACUACUGGCAGUGUGAGAAAUGUGAGGAGAUGAACCCGCCUCUACCCAGAAACUGUCAGCGCUGUUGGACUCCACGUCAGGAUUGGCUGAGGGAGGCGUCUGUCAACACCACGCCCACACAACCAACCGACCAAUCAGCUGCCAAAGACACUCCAAGUUCUGAUGCUGAGGACAACGGAGUCGACGUUCCAGACGGGAAAAGACCCAAAACUCCGCCCACCUCCGAGCCGUCCUCUCAGGAGAAGCUCCUCUGCUCCGACUCUCAGCCUUCGUCGUCGUCCUCCUCGCUCGAGUCCCAGGAGCUCCAGGCGGGGUCGGGGGCAGGGUCGACGCCCGAGCUGGAGCGCACGGUGUCGGCGGAGUGGCGGCUGCCGGACUCGUGCCUGGACCCCUGCCUCAUCUGCCAGUCCCGGCCCAAGAACGGCUGCAUCGUCCACGGGCAGACGGGCCACCUGAUGUCCUGCUACGUGUGCGCCCGCAAGCUGAAGAAGAGGAACAAGCUGUGUCCCGUCUGCAGGAUGCCCAUCCAGAUGGUGGUCCUCACCUACCUCAGCUGAGCAGAGGAGAGGAGAGGUGGUCCUCAGGCUCAACCUACCUCACCGCAGAGACACCAGUUUGGGAAGAGUUCAAAGAUAUGUUUUCUAACUUUGGCAAAUUUAUUUUAAAAUAACUGUUUUAUUUAUUGUUCAAAAUGUUUUUCUGAGAUAAAACUAAGAGGUUUUA